UGCUUAGCCACCCGAUCUGCCGGUCUCACAGUUGGCAAACAGAGCAGGACUGACAGUAAAACCAUGGUGAGUCCUGAACAGAAAGUGGUCCUGAUCACCGGCUGCUCCUCUGGGAUUGGCCUGAGGAUUGCUGUGAUGCUGGCCAAGGAUGAAAAGAAGCGCUAUCAAGUAAUUGCCACAAUGCGUGACCUGAAACGCAAAGACAAGCUGGUGGAAGCUGCAGGGGAUGCAUACGGGAAAACUCUGUCUCUAGCUGUUCUGGAUGUCUGCAGUGAUGAAUCUGUAAAACAGUGCAUUGAUGGCAUCAAAGAUCGACAUGUAGACGUCCUUAUCAACAAUGCUGGUAUUGGUUUAGUGGGUCCAUUAGAAAGCAUUCCCAUCGAAGAGAUGAAGAAAGUCUUUGAGACUAAUUUCUUUGGGGUCAUCAGGAUGAUCAAGGAAGUGAUGCCGGAUAUGAAGAAAAGGAGAGCGGGACACAUCAUCGUGGUCAGCAGUGUUAUGGGAUUACAAGGGGUCGUGUUUAAUGAUGUCUACGCUGCUUCUAAGUUUGCCAUGGAGGGCUUUUGCGAGAGUUUGGCUGUUCAGCUUUUAAAGUUUAACGUCAUCCUAUCGAUGAUUGAGCCAGGACCAGUUCACACAGAAUUUGAAGCAAAGAUGAUUCAGGAUGUGAAACAGAAAGAGUAUCCAGGAGCAGACCCUGAUACGGUGCAUUACUUCAAAAAUGUCUACCUCCCUUCCUCUGUGGACAUUUUUGAGGCACUUGGACAAACACCUGAUGACAUUGCAAGAUGCACCCAGAAAGUGAUUGAAGCAAGCCCGCCCCGUUUCCGUAAUCUGACCAAUCCGCUGUACACGCCCAUCGUUGCGCUGAAAUAUGCUGAUGAAACUGGAGGGCUGUCUGUUCAUGCCUUCUACCACAUGCUUUUUAACAUGGGCCCGCUAAUGCAUGUCAGCAUGACCGCCAUGAAGUAUCUUACCUGUGGAUGUCUGAGGAGAAGGACAAUUUCACCAAACUAAAAACCAACAUUAUUAGCAAAGCAAUUUUCUCUUGGUUUUCAUAUGAUCAUAACUUCAAUCAUUUUACCCUCCGAAGUCAUGCUCUCUAUUUUAGAAUAUGCAGUACAAUCUGUAUGUAUUGUUUUAACAAUGUUUUCUCAUGCAUACCAUUUUAAAUUUGUAUAGAGACUGAAAUUAGCUGAAAUUCGACGAGAUUUAAAUUUAUAUUCAGUGCCAAAUUACAUUUUUUUAAUUCCAUUAAAAAAGAAAACAACCAGUAUAUUGUAAUAAUAAUUUAACUUAAUUGAUCUUGCAAUGGAGAAAUUUACUUCUGCAUCUUAACCCAUCCCCUU